CUUAACGAUAUAUAGAUAUAAAUAUCAACCCAUAGUUCGUUUAAUCCUCUCCCAAAUAUCAACCUUCCCUUUCUUGAAAUCAAACUUAAUUCAUGGAGACAGAGAUGGUGAUGUCGAGCGAAGGGGAGAAGAAGAAGAAGACGCAGGGGAAAAAGAAAAUCGAAAUCAAGAAGAUCGAGAGCUUGAGCAACCGCCGAGUCACCUUCUCGAAGCGGCGCUUGGGGCUGUUCAAGAAAGCGAGCGAGCUCUGCCUUCUGUGCGAAACCGAGAUCGCCAUCAUCGUCCAAUCCCUCGGCAAGCACGUCCACUCAUUCGGCCACAACUCCACCGACGCCGUCAUCGACCGCUACCUAGGCGGCGGCGAUGACCACGAGAGGGACGCCGUCGCCCCUGCGGUCAACACCAAGGAAUUGUACCAGCACUGCUACUCUCACGUGUUAAAGGAGUUGGAAUUGGAGAAGAAGCGGAGGGACGUGGCCGAGGAGGGUGGGGAUGUGUUUUGGUGGAAUCAGGGUGUGGAGGAGAUGGAAUUGGAUGAAAUGGAGCAGUUCGCGAUGGCGCUGGAUGAGUUGUCGAAGAAGGCCGAUCUUAGGGCUAAUGAUCUCAUGAGUUCCUACUUGCAGCAGCCGCUGGCGGUCGCCUCCGCGCAGAAUCAGAUGGGGAAUAAUUUGGAUCACUAGAAUUGCAUUGCUCCUAAUUAAGGGUUGUUUCGAAGAGAAAACUUCUCCUGCAUGCUUCAGUUACCAGGAAUUUUAUUCAAGUUAUGAUUUAUCAAAUUUGUUAGGUUUUUUUUUCCUUAUGAUCUUUUUGCAAACAUUAAUGCAUGAAUAUUUUCUCU